AUAUACAGCACACGACUUCAUUCACAAUCAGACAGUAUUGGAUGGGGAGCGUAUAUGAACAAGGCCAGUUCUGCUGUUACGGUGUAUACGAUCUCGUAUUAGAAUAUAGAAUGGAUAGAGGUUGCCUCGGCAGCUGAACCUUAGCUGUUUGCAAAACGCUCACCUGGGGCAGUUAUGCUGAAAACAUCCCUAACGUUUCUGAUGCAACUCAAGGUAACUGAGCCCUAGCGCUGCGCACACUAGUCACUUAUCCCAGGAGACAGUCCCUCGCUUUGGCUUUACAGCCUCCUCAAGAGAGUCUGUCACCUCGUGUUGACAAAGGAUCUCUGUUUCAAACCCCGCUGUUCGUCUCCCCGCCUUCGUUAAUUCAUUGUGAGGAAAUAUGGUGCCUAAACAAGACACCCUAACGUACGUAUUUAGGGGUAAAGCUUCAUACGUAUCAUUUCCUCUGAAAGCCUUCCAUUCCAGGUGAAGGAAACAACCAGUGAAAAAGUAAAAUUCAUAUAGAAUUGAAUAUCGUUUAGUGUCAUUGUACAUAUACAAGGAAAAUGUGCGCUUUCUCCACGCGUGCUAUAUGUAAAUAUAUAAUAAAUAUAUAAUAUAGAUAUGCGGUAUAUAGCUGAAUAGUGAAGCAAAGUGAAUGUGUUGGAUAUAUUCACUAAACACGAUUGACUGAAUCACAACUAAUCACAAUAUGCCGCCAAUAAUACGGCACAAAUCAAAUUUAGAAGAUAGAGAAGGAUAUCACUCAUCCAGUUUUAAUUUGCAAAGUGUACAUGUUUACUGGCAUUAAGACACUCCUUUCUCCCUGAAUGAGUGAAAAAAAGCGGAUUCCUGGCAGUAAUUCAAUUUCCUUAAAUAUCACAGAAUAGUUAUUGAAGUGGGUGUAAUUCUCAUAAAUAUUUAGCACCUAGACUGAAAAUUUUAAUACAAUGCAAAACUAAAUGAAUAGGCUCCACAUUAUCAAUGUCUCGUUUGUGAAAACAUUGUCCCUCGAUCGUUUGCAGACAGUUAUACACUUUUUAGUUUUGUACAUUUUAGUCAAUCGAGAAGUAGUCUACUCAGUGUAGCCUAGUAACCCUCCCCGUAUCAUUUCAUAAUAAUUUCAGAAUUUUCUAAAAUGUUCUUAAUAGUAUUGGAUUAAAAUGACUCACGUCUAAAUUAUAGGUAUAUCUUAAUGUUAGAAUUAGAAACCCUCAGCAGCGACGUUUCAGGCGGAGGCGGACGACGACUGAAGCGGUACCGCGAACAGCCUCCGGGAGGCGCAGCGGCACCGCGCUGCACAAGAGCGAGAUUAUAAAUACAACGUCUUUCCGUCGGACGGCGGUGUGAGUCGGAGGGGGAGGAAGCUGGAAUACGUCAGAGAAGCAGAAUGGCGGAGGCAGGCUGAGAGAAGACGGUCAGGAAAGCAGCGGCUAGCCAUAAACAGCGGCCGCGGAGAGAAAUAAAAAAGCGCGGAUUCGGCGAGCGGCUCGUCCGUCGUUCACAGAACCGCCACUGAACGUCGAUAAUGGAAAAAGCAGAGGGCAAAGGCGGCGAAGCGGCCGCCGGGGCGGACGCCUCCGCCGAAAGUUGUGAUGUGCCGAGGCAUUUGUUGCCAGUCGCGGUUUCGUCCAGCCAAGAUGGCGAACAAGCCGCGAGCGAAGCGCUGGCGCCGGAGCUGGAGCCCACCGGCCGGCGGAGGAACACCGCGUCCCCAGCGGCACUGCAGAGACCGGCGGACGAGGCGCCGCGGCUUCACUUCCAGAUCCCGCGGAAGAAUAAAGAAAGGAAAGCCCUGUUCCAGCACAUUGCCACCGGGUCCCGUGAGUUCGAAGACCUCGUGAAGAUUCUCUCUUCCUGUUACCGGGACACCACCUCGGCUGGGACCUUCUCCUACACCAAGGCCCGGCUCGUUCACAGCGAGUUGCUGGAGAAGGAUUUCAUUGAGAAGAGGAGAGAGCUCAAGCAGGAUGGGCGAACGGACAAGGAGCUGUCAGAAUCUUAUUGCUUCCUUCUGCCAGAUCUGGCCAAGCUGCACUCCGUCUGCGAGAAGGGCCUGACGGUGGGACACAGCAGGAUCAGCAUCCUGGGGAACCCCGCCAUGGGAGUUUAUCUCUCCAAGUACUCAGACUUGUUGCAGAUGAACCCUUUCGACCCCGGUGCCUCUGGAGAGAUUAUUAUUUUUAAAGUUAUGAAGGGAAAGGUAAAGAGCAUAUAUGAGAAUAUAUCGAAGAAUGUUUUGGACCCCACUCCCAAGUUCGACUGUCAUGUUUCUAAGAACGCUGCCAAGGUCACCUCUCUGCGGUCGUACCGGGCAUUUGAGUUGACGCAGCAAUACUUCUACGAGUACGCCUUUGACGAAAUCAAGUCGCGCCCCAGACAUGUGUGUCCGUACGCCGUGGUGUCCUUCCUCUACAAAGGCAAAGAGGGCACGCCCCCCCCUAAACCCAUGGCCCCCAUCAGGUCAAUCAGUGGCGUCUCUGACGGACCGAAAGGCAAGUGCAGCUAUACGGUGUGGAGCGGCCAGCUACUAAACGGCGGCAAAACCGUCCACCACGUCUGCCUCCAGUCCCACAUGUGCCCCUUCCUUCCAUUUAAGCUUCCGGAAAAGCUCGAGAUCGGCACGGUGAUGGACCUCGACCAGGUGAAGCGGAAGAUUCCAGCCAUUCUCUUCUCACUGGACACUUACUGCGGGGUGCGAGAAGUGUUGAAGAGCGGGAUGUACUGCAGCCUGUUCGAAGUGGUGGAUAGAGGCAAACCUGGAUCGGGCCUGUCAGGUCUCCUCCAGAAGCUGGAAAGGGAGAGAAUGGUUCUCGUCAACCCCUUGUUGGAUAGGGGCUUCCUCUUCCUGCUAUCUUCUGCGCAGAUGGUCAGUUCCAUCGACCGGCGAGCCGACCGCACGAGGUCUCUGCAGGCCCUAUUCGUCUUUCAAGAGCCCCGGGGGGUCGCCAAGUUCCAGUCAAAGCGGCCCACAGCCCAGGACACGCUGGUUUCUGGCCAGAAGGAGCCCGUCAUGCCCCAGCUGGACACCUUCGUCCCCGCCCUUCAUUAUGCUCUGAUGAAGGUGCGCUUGAACCCGCCGCCGGACCUCGCUGCCGGAGUGCAGCGCCAGGCCCGUGAUUACCUGAGCGGCUGUAGCGGAGGGAAGGUGCGCCUCUAUUACAUGACGGAGUACCAGCAGAACCUGGACGGGGUGCACAAGUUGCGGCCAAUGCUCUGGCGGGGGCACAACCGCGAGCGCUGCCUGCGGGCCUAUCUGUACGGGCCGUCCUUUUACCUGCUGCCCGUGAAGCAGGCCAAGGAGAUGAUGGAGAGCGGCCGCUGCCCGCCCGAGUACAGCCCCGUGUCUGACUGGGAGGGCUCCGACGGGCAGCCCAGCGACGGCAAGCAGGCGGCUGUGGCGGCUCGCUCCAAUGGCGCCCACGGGCCGCAGGCCACCAGCGCCGACAACGACCCCGAGAAGAUGAAGGAGCUGCUCAGGCUCAUCCAGAUGUGCAAGAGGAACUUUGAGGGGGACGGCCGGCUGGCAGCCGAGGGCCGUGAUGCGCCCGAGGAGGCCGUCUGGGAUUCCCGUGCCCCCAAGAGGAAGCUGGAGCAGGCGGCCGCCGAAAGUGCCGUCAAGUACUUGAGGGCUGACUUCCUGGACAAUGGGGAGCACAGCAGAGUGAUGAACAGCAUGGGGGUCCGUGAUGCGUACCUGAAGAAGGAUGAUCCUGUGGAUGCGGCGAGGUCAGCGGGGAGCAGAGGAGGACCAGCCGGGGACGAUGGCAGGGAGGCCCUCGAGUAUGACUUGCUGACCCGGCUUGGAUUGCCUGCCCAGCACCACGCUGAUCUUCAGAACCAAGCGACUGCCGAGGGGGAACUGGAUGUGCAGGAGCCCGCGGCCGGCGGCAUUGGCAGCCCCGAGGCAUUCAGCCCAUGCUCCAUCGGCGAGCAGCAACCCCGCGCCUCCGAGCCGCCCGGCGACGAGCAUGUCCCCUGGAAUCUCAUUCCCAUCACGGACGACGAUGAUGCAGCGGGAGCCCAUGUCCCGAAGCCCCAGCUGGGGUCUGACCAUGCCCCAGCCGAAGGGACGCGCAACGGGCUGUCGGAGACGGUGGCGGCGGUAGCAGCGGACGACCACGCGGACGCCGAAGUGGGAGACGAGUGGGCAGAGGGCCUGUCGCCGGGCCGGAAGGCGGCCUUCCAUCGGCUGGACAACAUCCUUGACCAGGAGCUGGGCGAGUUCUCCACAGAAAUACACAGCCUCCUGAGUGGGGAGCGCGUCCGCUACACGCCUGACCAGUCUACCCUGGCACACCGGCCCAGUUCCUGGAUGGCCAUGGUGCCUUUCUCUGAGUACGUCUCGGACUAUGUGCCGCCGGUGCCCGUGCAGAGCUACGUCAGUGCGUUGUGUGAGAAGAUGACGCGCGUCAUGAACUCGGAGGCAGCUCAGGGAAGGACACGUACCCCUCCGUGCGGCUCGGGUCCUGAGCCCACCUUCACAGUUUCCCCCACACCUCCACCGUCCCUGUUCCUGCCCACCGUCUCUGCUCCUCCGCCAGACCCCACCCCCAUUCUCUCCUCCCAGCCAAGCCCCCUCACUACCUCGCCCCCGCGGCGGCGGCAUCAAGGUCUACCUCAGAUCUCUCAAGAAGUGCCCCCGCGGGUCCAGAAAGUGCCCAGGGUCCCGAAGAAGCCGGAUCCGGACCCGCCCAAGCCGACCCGGCACGACGAUGGCGUAAUUGCAGCAAACAGAAGUGCUGCCAAGCCGGAGCCCGUCCCCCCGGCAGUGGAACCCGCCUCAGGUCCGGCCCACGGCUCCGGACCCAACUCUAUCAGCUGCCUGAUCAGCCAACUGAAGCCCGAGGUGUUCAGCAGCCUGGUGGAGAUCAUCAAGGAUGUCCGCAAGAACACUGUUAAGUUCUACAUCCACUCGCAGGAGGAGAGUGACGUAUGCGUGGAGAUAAAGGAGUACCUGAUGAGGCUCGGCAAUGCAGAGUGUAACCCCCAAAGCUUUUUGGAGAGCAAGAACAACCUAGACAAGCUGCUCAUCAUCAUCCAGAAUGAGGACAUUGCUGCCCACGUUCACAAGAUCCCAGCGCUGGUCUCGCUGAAGAAGCUGCCAUCGGUGAGCUUUGCCGGAGUGGACAGUCUGGACGACGUGAAGAACCACACGUACAACGAGCUGUUCAUCUCCGGCGGCUUCAUCGUGUCGGAUGAGUUUGUGCUGAACCCAGACUUCAUCACGUACGAGAAGCUUCAGGCUUUUUUGAAGUUCUUGGAGGAGCAGAGCAGCCCGGACAACAUCUGGCAGUGGAAGGUUCACUGUAAGAGCCAGAAGAAGCUGAAGGAACUUGGCAGGUUAAAUGGCGACGCCUUGAGUCUGCUAAACCUGCUCACCACCUACCAGAAGAGACACCUGGUGGAGUUUCUGCCGUACCACGAGUGCGACGGUCCAACCCGCCACGCCCCGGACCUCGACUGUCUGGUCAGGCUGCAGGCUCAUCACACGCAGCAUCGGCACAUCAUCUUCCUCACAGAACGCCGAUUUGAGAUGUUCCCCCACUACUCCAACAACGGCAUCGUCAUUGCCACCAUGGAUGACAUCAUGAACAGCUUCCAUAGCCUCAUCGGUUUCCAUGACGGCAAGGAAGACGUGCCAAUUGCCGAGCACCCUGCCGAGUCUGAGCGCGAUGCAGGCAAAGAAGAUGCAAAGGACGAGUGCGUGGAGGAGGAGGACAUGUCACUGGACUCUGAGGAGGAGUCCCCGCCCAUCGAAAGGCCUGGCCCACAGCUUCAGGAGGAGAGCAUGGAGCUGCUGCUGCCGCAGCCGCCCCCGCCCCCCUCUCAGGAGUUCUGCCCCCCUCUCCCUGAGGAGCCAGCCCGGGACACUUCCCCGGAGCAGCUGGACAUGGACGCCCUGAACACGGCCAUCUGCCACUUCCAGGCCUCCGCCCAGGCUGCCAGCUCGCCACUGGACUUUGAGGUGGGCGGAGCUUCACCAGGGGCCUUCAACGUCAACCCCCACCAGAGCUUCCUGUGCCCGGUGCCACUGCCCACACCCAGCUCCAACUCGUCCGGCGCCCAGACUCGUCCCGCCUCCCCCUACGGCACCUCCCAGGGACAGGACUGCAGUCUGGCUUCCUCCACCCCCCCUCCCAACCUCGUACCCUCUGCAAGCCAAGAUGUGACCCCAGCACCUCCCGCUGCGGCCGUGAUUCUGAAUCCUCCAGUUCCCUGUCCUCCUUUGCCAAAUGUGGGCGCUGGCGGGACAGAUACCCUAAGGCCUGUCACUGCGUCACUGUGUGGUCCACUGGAUCAGUGUAAUGCGAUGCCAGGUCCUGCAGCGUUACCUCUGGUGGCGCCUCCCACCCCAGCUGCCCUUGGCCAGCAGGGCCCCGUGGCUCCACCCGUGCCCCCCCCCUCCCUAGGGAUGUCCUAUUUCCCCAUUGGAGGGGUGACCGGCAGGGAUGACUGGCCACCUCACAGUUGGAGCCAUGUGGGUGAGGUGGGCACGACCUCUGGGACUCCCACCAGUCAGGAGGACGGGUCGCUUGGCCCGGGACACUCAUCCGCUGCCGGGAACGAAGCGGCCGGCACCACUAACAGCCAGGCAGGGGCCACCCUAAAUUCUGUGACUGCCCAGGGAGGGGUGAAGCCGGGCAGCUUGGGCAGCACUGCCGGCACCCAGGGCUGCUCGGCUCCCCUUCCCAACACCACAGCUCCGAGACCAGAGCUUGCAAACCCUGUGCGAGAGGCCCCCAAGGGCUCCGGGCUGCUGCCAACCCCUCCCAGAGUGGGCAGCGUCAAUGGGCGCGGGCAGGGCCUGGGCAUGAGUAUGCCCUCCAACGGGCCCCGGGGCCUGCUUAGGCAUGGCCUGGAGCCUCGGGGGCUGGCCUGCGGCUGGCGCUUUCCACACGGGAGGGGAGCCCCGCGUCCCCCCACCAUGGACUUCACACAGGACCCCUACCCCUGGAGGGAAGAGUACUACAAGCAGGGAGAGGGCUACCGCAACCACAGGAACGAUUACAACUGCUGGUGAGCUGGAGACUGAUGUACAGUGCGCUCUUCAAACGGACUGAAGGGGGAGCCCCUGUUUUCUACCAGUAAAUGAAAUAAAAUAAGAUGCAGGCACAGACCAGAGUUCCACGCUCCUCUAUUGAUUCAUUUUUGGCUCUUCAGCCCUUUCAAACCACUGUAUUUCUAAUUGCCAAGAUUAUUUUAUUGCAGUGUUCGGUUUGUUAGCCCCCCAGUACAUGCUGGAUUUGCAGGGGCACAUGACUCCCCCUCCCACCGUUUUUUUUUUAAUUUAAAUGUAGCCAGGUGGUGUUGCACUGUGAGCCACUGGUUUUAAUGUUCUUUUGUACAUAUUAGUUGUUCAAAAUUGAGGUUUAUAUUAAAAUAUGCCUGUAUCAAAAUCUGUUCCUCAAUAA